AUGGGCCCCUCCCACUCUGCGGUCCUGUCCAUGAUAAAGCUCGGUUUGUGGUGGCUCCAUCUGAUCCCGGCAGGGUCGGCACAGCGAGCUUCCCCUACCCAAGCUGAGGACCGCCUCUUCAAACACCUCUUCAGGGGCUACAACCGCUGGGCACGGCCGGUCCCCAACACCUCGGACGUGGUGAUCGUGCGCUUCGGGCUGUCAAUUGCCCAGCUCAUCGAUGUGGAUGAGAAGAACCAAAUGAUGACCACCAACGUCUGGCUAAAGCAGGAGUGGAACGACUACAAGCUGCACUGGAACCCGGCUGACUUCGGCAACAUCACAUCCCUCCGGGUCCCUUCGGAGAUGAUCUGGAUCCCUGACAUUGUCCUCUACAACAAUGCAGAUGGGGAGUUUGCGGUGACCCACAUGACCAAGGCCCACGUCUUCUCCACGGGCACCGUGCACUGGGUGCCCCCCGCCAUCUACAAGAGCUCCUGCAGCAUCGACGUCACCUUCUUCCCCUUCGACCAGCAGAACUGCAAGAUGAAGUUUGGCUCCUGGACCUACGACAAGGCCAAGAUCGACCUGGAGCAGAUGGAGCAGACGGUGGACCUGAAGGACUACUGGGAGAGCGGAGAGUGGGCCAUCAUCAACGCCACUGGCACCUACAACACCAAGAAGUACGACUGCUGUGCGGAGAUCUACCCCGACGUCACCUACUACUUUGUCAUCCGGCGCCUGCCGCUCUUCUACACCAUCAACCUCAUCAUCCCCUGCCUGCUCCUCUCCUGCCUCACCGUGCUCGUCUUCUACCUGCCCUCGGACUGCGGCGAGAAGAUCACGCUCUGCAUCUCCGUGCUGCUCUCGCUCACCGUCUUCCUCCUGCUCAUCACCGACAUCAUCCCCUCCACCUCCCUGGUCAUCCCGCUCAUUGGCGAGUAUCUGCUCUUCACCAUGGUCUUUGUCACGCUCUCCAUUGUCAUCACGGUCUUUGUCCUCAAUGUUCACCACCGCUCCCCCAGCACCCACAUGAUGCCCCACUGGGUGCGGGUGGCCUUUCUGGGCUGUGUGCCCCGGUGGCUGCUAAUGAGCCAGCCCCUGCCCUCCUUGGAGCCCAAGCACCCCCCAGAUCUGAAGCCCGGCUCCUCUUACCACUGGCUGGAGACCAACGUGGAUGCGGAUGAGAGGGAGGAGGAAGAGGAGGAGGAAGACAGAUGGGUGUGGGCAGCCCAGUCCUUGCCCCGCCUGGGUGUCCUCUGCAGCCAUGGUGGUCGGCACCAAGGGGCUUUGGGUCCCAAGGCAGACGCCCGGUGGCAGCAGGGUGGGCUUCUGCUGUCACCUCGCAUACAGAAGGCGCUGGAAGGUGUGCGUUAUAUCGCCGAUCACCUGCGAUCUGAGGAUGCUGACUCUUCAGUCAAGGAAGACUGGAAGUAUGUGGCCAUGGUCAUUGAUAGGAUAUUCCUCUGGUUGUUUAUCGUCGUCUGCUUCCUGGGGACAGUUGGACUAUUUCUGCCUCCAUUCCUGGCUGGAAUGAUCUGA